UGGACCAAUCGGUCUAGGGACUGUCUAUACGCUGGUCUGGUCUACUCGUCCUCACCAAAGCCAGUCAUGGCAGCAGUGCACCCAUGAGUUGCGUCUUCAUCAGCAGCCAGAGCUGGUGUCCACACUGGUCCUCAGUCGACGCAUCUGCAUCCUGCGACGCCUCAAUCGGCAAGAAGGCUUGACGUCUCGGAAUUUGUCUGGAGCGAAAUACACUUGGCGUGGUUCUCUAUGAAAUCGUGUGGGGCCGUUUGUUUACACCCAGUUCUCCAAAACAGCGACUACUUUUUUGGACCUCGUCUUGAGGAGAGGAAAAAUAUGGCUUUGCGCAACACAAAGACGGGCUUCUCCGUCAAGGACCUGCUGGAUCUCCCCGACGAUACCAACGAUGAAGGAUCAGGGGCGGAGGAGACUGAUGAGGACACGGCGGAGGAGGCAAGCGUGGCUAAUGGGCGAAAUCUCCCCGAAAGUGGCCGGCAAUUAUCCCUCAGCGCCCUGUGCAUGACUAGUGCAAGCCAGUGCCCACGAUGGCUCACGUCUGGGAAUGCUUCAUACACGUUGGAUGCCUUGUCGGAGGACACACAACAGGACCUCAAAUCCCCGGAGCUGUCUACGGAUGAGUCGCAAGAUAAUGACAAAGAGGCCUCUGGGGAUAGCGGCGAGGUGGGCAAGAGGAGGAAGCGCCGGGUGCUCUUCUCCAAGGCGCAAACCUACGAACUUGAGCGGCGUUUCAGGCAGCAGCGCUACCUGUCUGCCCCUGAGCGGGAGCACCUUGCCAGCCUGCUGCGCCUCACUCCGACCCAGGUCAAAAUCUGGUUCCAGAACCACCGGUACAAAAUGAAGAGGGCUCGGGCGGAGAAGGGGAUGGACAUGGGACACUUGGGGUCCCCGCGCAGGGUGGCCAUCCCCAUUCUGGUCCGUGACGGGAAGCCUUGCCAUGGCCUGAAACACCAAGAACUCGCCACGACCCUGCAGGCCGGAAUACCCUUCUCCCCUUUCGGUGGAGUGCAGCAUCUUCACCAAAUGCACCUCGGUCACCAUCUCUCCCCCGAGGCCAUUUCCCAACUUUCAGCCGUCCAUCACGUCCAUCGGCUGGCACAGAUGCAACGCUGGUCACGGUGAGACGUUGCGUUGGCCAUCAUCGGCGAUAACAAGGAGCCGCCUCCUUGAUUAGGCCUAACUGCAAAAAAAUAAAAACACAACCUCACCUCUUUUCUGCUCGGACUUUGACUAUAGUCUAUUAUGCAUCUCUGCAGUGAAUUUGAAGUGAAUUCCUUCUGAUCAAAAAGA